GUGGCGAUCUUUGUCCGAUCAGGCUAGACAUUUCGACAACAUUAAAAUUGAUCUUUGAUCUCUCUUACUCCCCGAUUUUUAUUCGAUGUUUUUCUUCUGCCCAUUCGCCCUGACGUAAACAAUCAAUGAAUCAAUGUCAACAAAUAAUAAAAAAAACUAAGCAUUUACAUUUUUUAGUAUUUAAUAUUUUUAAUAUUGUAAUCGUUUAUCAUAGAUUUCUAAUAUGUAGAUAAUUAUGUACAAAACUCUAUUAAUUAUAAUAUGUAUCGAAUAAAAAACUAAUCUUUCAAAAAGAAUAAAAAUUACAAUUAGAUUUUCAAUUGAUGAAAUAUUAUUUAUCCACUAUUAUCAACUAUAAUGUCUAGCAUAAAUUCUGUUUCAAAUGUUGAAAAUCUUCCACCUUAUAUUAUUCGACAAGUAUCCCGUGAACUUUAUGAAUUACAUGGCAAUCCCCCUGAAGGUAUACACUACACACUGAAUGAUGAGGAUAUCACGGAUAUACAAGCCGUUAUCGAUGGACCAGGUGGGACGCCUUAUUUUGGCGGUUCGUUCAAAGUUAAAUUAAAUCUUGGUAAAGAUUACCCUCAAGGUCCACCUAAAGCAUUUUUUCUUACUAAAAUUUUCCAUCCAAAUGUCGCUAAAAAUGGUGAAAUAUGCGUGAAUACACUUAAAAAGGAUUGGAAACCAGAUUUAGGCAUAAAGCACAUACUUUUGACAAUCAAAUGCCUUCUUAUAAUGCCAAAUGGGGAAUCAGCAUUAAAUGAAGAAGCUGGAAAAUUACUUUUAGAACGAUAUGAUGACUACUUUGAAAGAGCGAAAAUGAUGACAGAAAUUCACGCACAGAAAACGUCAAAGGCCAUGUCAAGUGAUAUUGAAAACCAUAGAGAAUCAGAUAUAGACAAUUCUACAUCAAAAAAACAUACGAAUGAUAGAAAGUUAUCAGCAGAAAAAAAGAAAUUACUAAAAGAUAAGAAGAAGACACUCAAACGGUUAUAAAAUAUGCACAUAUAUGAAUAUAAUAUUUUUGAAUAAAGAGGCAUUCGCAGUAUUUGUUAACUAAUUUCUUAUUUAUAUUUUUAUCAUGUGUAUAAAAUAAUAUUUGAACAUAGAA